AUGAAGAUGUCAUUGAUCCUCCUAAUAGCCACCCUCAGGCUCCUUAUUCAUGGUGAGGAUCACUUCUGAAAAGUGUUCAGACAACUCCCAUCAGCUUGUCUCCAUGUUAAAGAAAUGAUACUCUUCUGUUCGUCUCUUCUAUUGUCUUUCUCCAAGCUGGACUUGUCUCAGUGAUUCAUCUCCUCCCCUUUUUUCCCCCAGGUACUUCAGGAGAAAUUAUCCUGACUCAGUCUCCUGGAGCUCAGUCUUUUCUUCCAGGACAGACGGUUUCUAUCAGAUGUAAAUCCAGUUCAAGCAUUAGUAUUUACCUUCACUGGUACCUUCAGAAACCUGGAGAAUCUCCCAAACUCUUGAUUCGUUAUGCUUCAACUCAUCAGUCUGGAGUUUCAGAUCGUUUCAGUGGGAGUGGAUCUGGGACUGACUUUACUCUGACCAUCAGUGGAGUCCGACUGAAGAUUCAGGAGUUUGUUAUUGUCAACAGGUUAACAGCUUCCCGUUCACACAGUGAAAAAGUGUCGUGCAAAAACCUCCUCAGCUAA